AUGGAGAAACAGUUGCAUUUGAACCUGUUAGCUUCCAGACCUCCUAUGCCGGGUGGCUUUCAGUCUAGCUCUAAAAUGAAGAUGGGGCCUGGACGAAGGAGAGAUUUCACCCCGUUGUCCUGGAGUCAGUAUUUUGAAACCAUGGAAGAUGUUGAAGUAGAAAACGAAAACGGCAAAGAUAUUUUCCGAGUUUACUGCAGCGGUGCUCACGGUCCUGUGCUGCUCCUGCUGCAUGGAGGAGGACACUCUGCUCUCUCCUGGGCUGUCUUCACUGCUGUUAUCUAUAACAGGAUUAACUGCCGGGUGGUGGCGGUGGACCUUCGAGCUCAUGGUGACUCUAAGGUGAAAAAUUCAGAAGAUCUCUCGGCAGACACUAUGGCUAAGGAUGUCGGCAAAGUGGUAGAGGCACUUUACGGAGAAAGCCCACCGCCAAUCAUGAUGAUUGGGCACAGCAUGGGCGGAGCCAUAGCUGUCCACACCGCCGCUGCAAAUCUCAUCCCAUCGCUGCUCGGCCUCUGCGUCAUUGACGUUGUUGAGGGCACGGCAAUGGACGCUCUGAACAGCAUGCAGAAUUUUCUCAGAAGUAGGCCCAAUAUGUUUAAAUCGCUGGAAAACGCCAUCGAGUGGAGCGUCAAGAGCGGCCAAAUCCGAAACAUCGAGUCGGCGCGCGUGUCGAUGGGAGGCCAAGUUAAAAAAUGUGAGGAGUCCACCAGGAGCCCGGUGGUCUCCAAUAGCAUCGGUGAAGGCAUCAUAGAAGAAGACGAGGAUGAAGAAGGGGAAGAAGAGUCCAGCAAGAAAAAAAUGAAGGAAGACGACCAAGAGACAAAGAAGGAAAGUCCCUUCACGUGGCGAGUUGAUUUGGCCAAGACGGAGAAGUACUGGGAGGGCUGGUUUAAAGGCCUGUCCGCACUUUUCCUCACCUGCUCCGUGCCAAAACUGCUCCUGCUCGCAGGAGUGGACAGGCUUGACAAAGACCUUACCAUAGGUCAAAUGCAAGGGAAGUUUCAAAUGCAGGUCCUCCCUCAGUGCGGUCAUGCUGUCCAUGAGGACGCACCUGAAAAAGUAGCAGAUGCUCUAGCAACUUUCAUGGUCCGGCACAAAUUCACUGACUUUAAGGAAGGAUACAUGUGUUAA